AUGAACAACAACAUGAAUCAAUUUUGUAGAGUUAAUUGGCCAAAAGGUCUCAAAUCAUUCAAAUCAAAGACCAUUCGUUUAAGUUAGGACGUAGUCUCCUAUCUCAAAGAGGAUGGCAUACUCUUAAAUGAUGCCUGGAAAAGGCCACCACUAUAGGAUAAUGGAACAAAGCGUUUUCCUGAAUUGGAAUAGAUGGUUAAUGAAAUUUUGGAUGACUUCGAAAGUGUGUUUAUUAAGUUGAAUUGGAGGGCUCCUCUUGAUUGUUAGAACACUUUUUAAGACAUGUGCUUCUCAGAUUUGCAUGAUAUCAUGAUGGCUCUUAAAUAUUCCGGAGUGAUUAUGGAAAUGAUUGAGGAUUAUGAUGAAUAAGUCAUCGAUCAAAAUCAUCCAGAGAAAUGCCAAUUAGUUGCAUAACCUUCCCAAGGAUAUUUAUUGGAAUUAAAAAAAUACUAUAAAUUGAGACCGAAUGCAGAAUUCAGAUGUUUUGUCAAGAAUAAAAAGUUGAUAGGCAUCUCCUAAAAAAAUCUCUACUUGAUAACUGAAGACGAGAGUGUCAAAGACAAAAUAUAAAAUUAUUUCAAUAAGAUAGUUGAUUUGAUUGAUAUUGAUAAAUAUGUCUUAGAUGUUUAUAUUGACAUUCCACCAAAAGAGAAUAUUAUUCUGGUCGAUUUGAAUCCCUGGUAAGAGCAUACCAGAUCAAAAUUGUUCACCUACGAAGAGUUGGACAUUUUUUAAGAAUGCCAAUUACGAUUAGUUAAGAAUAAAGAUAUGAUUGUCUAAGAAGAUUACAGCGGAUAUAGAGAAUCUGUGGACAUAGAGACUCUAAUUUAAUAGCAAUAGUAGGAAAAACAAUAAUAAUAAUAAUAAUGA